UUCAGCUUGUUACCGGGCAGACAGCAUUUCCAACAUGGCAGCGUCAAGCAGCGCAGAGCAAACGCAGUUGCAAGACAUGGAGGAGGAAGAUGCGGGGAUGGAGGAGAGGGAGAUGGAGUCUGACGGAGACGGGGAAGAGGAAGAGGAAGAGGAGGGCAUGGGAGUGGAAAACUCCGACGACGAAGAGGACGACGAUUCCUCGGAGGACGAGAAAGAAAACGAAGCGGAGAUCCAGCGGCUGGAGGAGCAGCUGUCAAUCAAUGCGUUCGACUACAACUGCCAUGUGGAUCUCAUCAAACUACUGAAGCAGGAGGGAGAGCUUUUACGGCUGCGGAAGGCGAGGCAGAAGAUGAGCGAGCUCUUCCCGCUCACUGAAGAGAUCUGGCUAGAUUGGCUCAAGGAUGAGAUCCGCCUGACUGAGGAGGAGCCGAACCGGGAGAAAGUGUAUGAACUUUUUGAGAGAGCCGCAAAAGACUAUAUCUGUCCAGAUAUCUGGCUUGAGUAUGCCCAGUAUUCAAUUGGGGGCAUGGGCUCCCCAGGUGGGAUUGACAAGGUGAGAUCCAUCUUCGAGAGAGCUGUGACAGCUGUGGGCCUUCACAUGACCAAGGGACAGACGGUGUGGGAGGCGUACAGGGAGUUUGAGAACGCCAUUCUGUCCACAGUACAGCCUCCCCCUGGCAGAAUUCCCAGCCGCGAGGAGCAGGAGCUGCUGAACACUCAGCUUGAGCGAAUCCAUACACUGUUCCGCCGCCAGCUGGCCAUCCCUUUAAUGGACAUGGAAGCCACCUACGCAGAGUACGAGGAGUGGUCCGAACAAGGGGUGUCUGAGAUGGUCAUACAUCAGUACAAAAAGGCUCUGCAGCAGAUGGAGAAGUGCAAACCUUUUGAGGAGUCGCUGCUGGCAGCAGAACCUCCUAAGCUGGCUGAGUAUCAGACCUACAUCGACUUUGAACUAAAGGAGGGCGACCCGGCUCGGGUCCAGAUAACCUUUGAGCGGACUCUGGGGGAGAACUGCCUGGUGCCAGACAUGUGGGCAAAAUACACCACCUAUCUUGAUCGCCAGCUGAAGAUCAAAGACAUGGUUCUCUCCACUCACGAACGUGCUGUCAGGAACUGCCCCUGGACCAUGGGUCUGUGGAAGAGCUACUUGUUGGCUCUGGAGAGGCAUGGAGCUGACCAUCAGACUGUCUCAGAUGUUUUUGAAAAGGCGCUGAAUGCAGGUUUCAUUCAAGCAACGGAUUAUGUGGAAAUUUGGCAAGCAUACCUCGACUACCUGAGGAGACGUGUGGAUUUCAGCAAAGAAUCAAGUAAAGAGCUAGAGGAGUUACGAGGAGCUUUCUCUCGAUCUCUAGACUACAUGAAACAGGAUGUUGAAGAAAGGUUCGGUGAAAGUGGAGAUCCUUCUUGUAUCAUAAUGCAGAUCUGGGCAAGAAUAGAGGCCCUCCACUGCAAGAACAUGCAGAAAGCCAGAGAACUGUGGGACAAUAUCAUGACAAAAGGGAAUGCCAAGUACGCCAACAUGUGGCUGGAGUACUACAACCUUGAAAGGUCUUACGGAGACCCCGUUCACUGUCGGAAGGCUCUCCACAGAGCAGUUCAGUGCACCUCAGACUACCCUGAGCAUGUGUGUGAAGUCCUGCUCACCUUUGAGAGGGUGGAAGGUUCUCUGGAAGACUGGGACCUGGCGGUGCAGAAGACAGAGACCCGGCUGAACAGAGUUAAUGAGCAACGAGCAAAGGUGGCUGAGAAAGAAGCCAACAUGGCUCGCCAAGAGGACGACAGAGCUGAUCACCGGCGAAAGGCCAAGUCAGACAAGAAGUCUCAGAAGAAGGUCCAGAAAGGAACUCGAGCUGGGGAGAAGAGGAGAGCAGGGCAGGAUAAUUAUCACAAUGAGUGGAAUGAGGACUCUGAACAAGCUCCUAAAAGGCACAGAGGAAACGGGGACCAAGCUACAGAGGAGUACAUGGAGACAGAGACUGGGCUCUUUGGGAGGAACGCCCCCCCUGGCUACAAGCCUGCUCCACCUGGCACUAAAAAGGCCCAGCAGGGAGUUGCGGACCCGGCCCAGAGGCAGAACGAUGACAAGCCAGAGCUUCGCAACGAUAAAAGCAGCGUUUUCAUCAGCAACCUGGCGUACACGCUGGAGGAGCCAGACGCAAAGCUCAGGACGCUGUUUGAGACCUGUGGCCCCAUCAAACAGAUUCGCCCUGUCUUCAGCAACAAAGGGAACUUCAAAGGCUACGGCUAUGUACAGUUUGAAUCCCCAGUGUGUGUCCCAGAAGCCCUGAAGCUGGACAGGCGAGAGGUGGAGGGCAGGCCCAUGUUUGUGUCACCUUGUGUAGACAAAAACAAAAAUCCUGACUUUAAGGUGUUUAAAUACGAGAUCGCCAUGGAGAAACAAAAAAUCUUCAUCUCCGGGCUGCCGUUCUCGUGCACUAAAGAGCAACUGGAGGAACUCUGCAAAAGUCACGGCACCAUCAAAGAAGUUCGCCUGGUCACGUAUCGCUCAGGAAAACCCAAGGGUCUGGCAUAUGUUGAGUUUGCAGAUGAAGCUCAGGCUUCUCAAGCGGUUCUGAAAAUGGACGGUAUUGAUGUGGAGGGCAACAAAAUCUCUGUUGCUAUAAGUAACCCCCCUCGCAGGAACACGAUGGACAGACCUGGUUCCAACAGGUCCACGUCAGACAUGAUGCCUCGCCAGACUUACGGAUCGAGAGGGAGAGGACGCACUCAGCUGUCAUUGCUCCCUCGCUCCCUGCACCGACAUAGCGGGCCUGUGGGCAAAGUCGAGAACGGGACCGCAGCCGAGCAGGCGCCAGCAACGGCCAGCGCAGCGGCGAAUGCAGCCGGGGAGACGAAACCUUUGUCAAAUUCAGACUUUGCCAGGAUGCUUCUCAGUAAGUGAGAAGAUGAGCGGGAGAAUUACGACCGCCUCCACACUGAAAGCCAUUUUGUGUCCUUACAAUUAGUGGUGUUGUAAUUGGUUACCUGGCCUCCCUUUAAUCUUGUUCUCAUCAUGCGUUCUGCGAGACUGCCUUAAUCGCCGAGCUCCUGCCCUCCAUCACAAAACCCUUUUCAACUAAGACUUUUCACCAGUGUGACAGACUGACCUUGUUUUGGUGUGUUUGAAGGUGGCUGGCAGGCUUCUUUUUCUUCUUUUUUUUUUUUAAUAAAACUGUAUCAUAUUUGAGUGUAAAUAUACUGUAUAUCUACAAUUGUAUGCCUCAUGUUGCAAAGUGUCUUCUUUUGUUGUGUAAUGUGAAAGGGAUCUGAGAGAAGCAUAUGGGAGAGUAUUUUUUUAAAUAUUCAAAACAGCCAAACUUGUGAAUGUUGUUUAUAAAGGUUAUAUGCAAAAGUUACGAUGUGGUGUAAUAUAGUCGGUGUGUGUGAAUGUGUGUGUGUGUACAUAAGUUGGAUGUGCUGCAGUGAUGAAAAGACACCAGAUGUUUUUAGGAAACCUAGAAUAUUUGUUGUGGAACUUAUUUUGACCUCUUAGGACACAGCUAACAAGGCUAGCAAUGAUUUUCUGACUGUAUAGUACAACUACUUUGUCUUUUCUUUUUUCUUUUAAAUAAUACCAUCUCUGAGUUACCAUCUGCUGUUAGUCAUGAGUAUUACGAUGCUAUGGAGUACCCCUAGAGGGUUCAGCUUAUUAGGAUUAAGUUCAUUGGCUUUGAGGGCGUUAUUAAAUAAUGAAAACUGCUCUAAUGUCAUGUCACAGUGCUAACGCUCAAUAUCAGUUCUAGUAUUUAGAGAACCGCAGUAGUAUCUCAUCACUUUCAUCUCUUUAAUGUCUGUUGAGGAUAAAAACAUAAUUCACAGAUGUUUUAGAUGUCUGAUUUAGAGGGGAAAUGAACCUUUCAAAGAGUGCACGUGUUGCUGACGCUGAUGACGUGUUUAGCUACUUUGGAUACAUCCCUGGUUAAUGUGUCUGCUUUAGUUUGGUUUAUAAAAAGGGUUUCCAACUGUUUUGGUUUUUAACUUCUCAUGAAAACUAAUUUGGCCGACAGUCAAGAGCUGCAACAAUUAGUCAAUUGGAAGAAAGUCAAGUUUUAAGUAUAAAAUUGCCAUUUCCAGUGUCUCAGAUCUUAGAAUUGUUUGCUUUUUCUCUUUCUAACAUUAAAGUAAUUUGAAUGUAUUUAGGCUUUAGACUAUAAAGUCAAGUUUUGUAGACCAAACAUUUAGGGAAAUUGUUACUUGCAUCCAAGAGUCCAUUGCCACAAGUGAAGGCAUUAACUAGUUUAAAGGUGUUUUAAAAAGUUCGAAUAUAACCAUAAAUGUGUGUACACUGUAAAAGUGAAUCCUUGCUUUAAAAACAGUUUUAUAAAUGUGGUUUGGACCUGGUUUUCUUUGUGUUUGGUAGAUUUGAUUUCACCCUCUGAAUGAACUUGUGGUGAGAUGAGCCACAGUUAGCCGAUAGCUCUUCAGUAUUCUGGGUAAAGAGGCCGUUGCCGACGUCUACAGAUAUUAUUUAGGUCUGCAGCUCUUUCUACUUAACAGAAGAGAAUCUAUGCAGUUUUAUUCCCGUGUUAGGAGUCGACCAUUCGUCCAGUUGGAUAUAUAAAAUUCCGUUUGUGUACAUAAUGUUAAAUAUAAUAUUUCAAAAAGGUCACCAUAGUUUGUAAUAAAUAUAAAAAGUUUUCAAAACAGAUGGAAUACAAGCUAUAUGUAUUGCUCUCACCGAAGUGGCCUAAUCUGAAAAAAAAAAAUCUAAAUAUGUUGGUCUCUAGGAGUCACCUUCUGUUUUAUGUUCAAUACUAAACGGUGGUAUGUGUGCAUUGCUGUUUUGUAUAAUUUCUAUAGUCAAUGUUUUGGUAUAGAGGUAAAUAAUAAAUGGCUAUUUUCUGUUUUUUGGGUUCAAUCAGUAUUUAUUUUCCUGCUUGUUUCAUUAUCUACCCUUGUGUUUUUUGAGUCCUGUAAAAAAAAAAAAAGAAAGUUGUGUCAUGUAUUUUUUUUCUUUCUGAUCUAAACCUUGUUUUAAUAAAAUCAUGUAAAUCA